AUGUCACUUUAUAGCCCACUUGAGGUCAAAGUCGAGAUUCCGAUCGCCUUGUUCGAGGCAGGUCUUCAUUUGCCUACCACCAACUUCUUUAAUCUAAUCAUCAGUGAAUACGGGUUUUCAGUGAGGGAGUUGACUCCCAUUGCUAUAAACAAUAUAGUAGGUUUAGAGCUCCUCUAUCGCGCUCCACGUCGUCAACCAAUUUUUCCAACAUUCAAGCACUUCUUCAACGCUUCCACCCAGUCUGGGACCCAAACCCUUUCUCGCCAGUGGGGAGUCCUUACCCUUAUUCACGACCAAAAGUUCAAGAAGAGCUGGCAAGAAAAGUUCUUAUGGGUGAAUAAUGAUCUUGUGGUGCUUGGCUACCCAAGGGUUAAGGUGUAUGUGGAUAGUGCUCCCACGCUUUUUGGCGCUGACAGGGAGAUCGCUGACGACUUGGAGAAAAUCAGCAUCAACAGUGAGGAUUGGCUUUUUGGCUACCGGAAAAACGCGUUGAAUUCAGGGUUUUGGCUAACCGUCGUUGUUUUCGCUUUGUUUCCAGAUGGGGAGGAAACUAUAUCCUUGGAGAGCGCUCUUCAUGGCCUGUUUGAGGGAGAAAUUCAAUGCCACGAAUUUGACCUUGUAGAAUCUUUUCCACAUCCUGUUUCCGGCUAA